CUCGGAUUGCCUUACUGUACUUUCUGAUCUUCUGCUUUGAAGGAGGCCGCCGCCUCUUUCUUCUCCAACGAUGAGUCUGAUAAAAUCCCCCGGGGCCCUGGGCCCUUCAGAGGGCGCAUUGAAGUGAGCUCGACAGCCUUAUCAUUCUUAUCACUAUGUCUCCGUCUUUCCAGAUCCCCCAGCCUGCGCCCUCGGUUGUUCCAGGCGUUAAAUCGGCGACGGCGGGUCCAGAGCUGCUCGCGCCGUCAUUCCCGAAUCCGUCUCUUCAGGUUACUGCGGAUCACAAGUUGAAAUACGUCCCAGCGCCUGUUUAUGCCCCACAACGAGACGAAGUUCUCCUGCACAUAAAGGCCACCGGCAUCUGUGGAUCAGAUAUCCAUUUUUGGAAAACAGGUAGAAUCGGAGAAUUGGUAUUUGAAGGUGACUGUGUGAUCGGCCAUGAAGCAGCGGGAGUCGUUUUGAAGUGUGGAGAGGGUGUCACCGACUUCAAGCCCGGCGAUCGAGUAGCUGUCGAACCAGGCGUCCCAUGCGAAAACUGCUUCCUCUGCGACGACGGCCGUUACAACCUCUGCGAAGAUGUCCACUUUGCAGGUGUCUACCCCUAUGCCGGGACGCUCCAGCGUUAUAAAGUGCAUCCUGCCAAAUGGCUCCACAAACUUCCGGAUAACAUCUCGUACGCUGAAGGUGCUCUGCUGGAGCCGCUUUCCGUCGUGAUGCGUGGGAUCCAAGUGGCUUGUCUCCAAUUGGGUCGUGGAGUAGUUGUCUGUGGUGCAGGCCCCAUUGGACUGAUUGCGCUCGCUGCGGCUCGUGCCUCUGGGGCCCAUCCUAUUGUCAUCACGGAUAUCGAGCCCAAGCGACUCGCAUUCGCCAAAGAAUUUGUCCCCAGCUGCAUCACAUAUCAGGUAAAUGGCUCGUUGGAUGCGGAGGGUAAUGCCAAGGCAAUCAGAGCAUUGUUCGGGUCGAGGGAGUAUAACGCUCCCGAGACGGUUCUCGAAUGUACCGGAGUAGAAAGCAGCGUGUGUACAGCGGCGUUUACAGCCCGGAGAGGCGGCGCUGUGGUCGUCAUUGGGGUGGGAAAGUCGGUUAUGAACAAUCUUCCGUUCAUGCAUAUCUCCUUGGCCGAGAUCGAUCUGCGGUUCAUCAAUCGUUAUCGUGAUACAUGGCCACCUGCUAUUGCCUGUCUCAGUGGAGGAAUCCUCGAUCUGAAGAAGCUUGUGUCGCAUACAUUUCCGUUGGAAAGAGCUGUGGACGCACUUGAGCUAUGUGCUGAUCCGCGCAACGGCAGUAUCAAGGUGACUGUUCUGGAUGAAGUAGAAGCAACACUAUAGACCCGACAAGAU